ACUCGACAGUUUGACGUUAAUCAUAACAUUGGCGGGAGAUGGACUUUAUUUUUAUUAUUUAAUCUUUUUCCAAUCCAAUAAAUAAAGAUAUAAAAUAUUGUGAGUGGAUUUUGGAAUUACAUUCGACAAGAUGUGGUUUUUGAAAGGACCGAAAGGUGAAUUAAUUUAUCUGAAACGAGAUUCUCCAAUAAAUGUGGGAAGAAUUCAAGGCGAUAUUGUUUUGAGAGAUGAUAAAUCUAUAAGUAGAAAUCAUGCCUCAGUUUAUGUCGAGCCAAAGAAGAACAAAAACAAAUCGUUGUGUUUUGUUAAAGACAUGGGCUCAAAAUAUGGUAGUACCGUUAACAGAGGAAAUGAAACAAUAAAAAUAACAAAGGAAGGAAUAGAAGUGCAUCAUAACGAUAUAAUCAAAUUUGGACUUCAAAACAAUGAUUACACAGCUUCCUAUAUUCCUAUGGUUGUUUUGGUUUCUUCAAUGACUGACAUUAAACACUUGCAAUCAAUAAUAAACGAUCUCGAUGGAUACAUCGUUCUGGAGUGGUCAAAGGAUGUCACUCAUCUCACAACCGUAAAGGCAAAAUUGAGAGAAAAGAUAGCAAUUGCUCUUGUAAAUUGUGUUCCAAUCGUUGGAAUUGAAUAUUGGGAAGCUGUUAAAAUUGCAGUAAAGGAAAAUAAAGAUUUACCCAAAUUUUCCGAUUAUAUUCUUCCAAUUUCAGAAGAUAUAAUAGACAAUACAAAAGUGUCUCUAGCACCGAAUAAAAUUCGAAGAUCUUUAUUUAAGGACUUGACUUUUUUGUUCUUCAGUUAUUCUCAACUUAAUAUUUACAAGAAAAUCGUUAAUGAUGCAGGUGGAGAAAGUUUAAUGUUCAACAAAUCAGUCCACACUGACUUAAACAAAUUUUGCACUGAUAAUUUCGCUGUCGUCUAUUAUAUGAUUGGAUCAAAUCAAACUGAAGAGAGUAUUCUCGAAACGCAGAAGACAAAAACAGCAUAUGAAGAAAUUGAGGAGCUUUUACGAAAAUCAAAACGUCGAAUGAUUUCCGAUUCGGAAAUAAUGUUGGCCAUUCUUCACUGUUCUUUGGAAAAAAAUUGCAACUCCAAACACAAAUAUAAAGAGUGGCUACUGGAAAAGAAGAGUAACGCUUCAAAAGAUGAUAGAAAAACUAUUUUCGCCGUUGAUACUGACGAUUUACAUUCAAAAUCAUUGAUUGCGCAAAAUAAUGAUAAUAUUGUACCAGAGUCAGUCGAAAUGACAAGCCAGGAUUUAGUCGAUACACAAUGGAGUGGUAUGGGUGAUAACAAUAAAGCACCUCCUGCUUCAUUGGGAAUUUCGGACAUCAGUUCAAUUAAAAGUGAAACUCAAUUAUCCACUGAGGAUAUUGACAGUCAAUUGGCUAAAUUAAAUGUCGAUAAAACAACUGAAAAAAGAACCGAAAAAAGAAGUUCCGAACUUGUGUGUUCAACACCAGCGAAAAGGGCAAAAAUUAGCGGUGGCAGUUCCCUAUUUCCAGUCGUUUCCAAAAAAAGUUCACAAAGUCUACUCAAUUCACAAGAACAUCUUGUUUCCCAAAUUCCUAAAUUAUCACAGUUAUCCAACAGAAAUAACGAUUCUAUAAUUAUUGAUUACGAUAAAAAAUCGUCUUCCCAAUCACAAAACAAAUUCACCCUACCGUCAACUUUGAAUGACAGUGGAAAACAAAAAGCUAAAGCAAAUAUUUUUGGCAAUUGGAUGGAAGCGCCGAAGGCAAGUAAAAUAGAAAUAAUUGAAGAAACAGAUACGCCAAAGAGAAAAACACAAAUUGAUAAAAAUGAUAGUACAUCGAUGGAAAAUAAAGCACCGAAAAGAGAGAUAACUCGUUCUAAUGAUUCUUCAUCGAAUGCUCUUUCAUUUGGAAGUAAAAAUAAGCGAAGGGAAUCAAAUUCGAGUGAUACGAUCAAUGAUUCAGUGAAGGACAAAUUGAUUGAUGAGGAAGAACCGCAGACGAAAAAGAGAAAAAUAAAUGUUAGUAAUGAUAGUUCAUUGGAAUCUAAUGGGAGGAGUGAGAAAAGAAAGCGGGACACUAGAAGUGAUUCAGACAGCAAUCAGUUUGUAAUGCAAAAGAAACGAAAUCAAGAUGAUAAUGAGAAAGUAUUCCGAAUAGAAGCGGUGGAUAAUCUCAACAGUAAUGAUGAUGAUUGUCUUAUAGUUACGGGUUUAAUUCGCGAUGGAAUGAAUGAUCCUUCUAUAAACGACACUAUAGGUUACAAAACAUAUAAAAGGGCUAACUAUACGAUUCCCAGAAUGAGAAUAUCACUUGAUGGUAUGGUUGCUUGGUCAAUGGAGGAGGAAUAGCAGAGAGUUUUUAUAAAUAUAAAAAAAUUACUUUCACAUUUGUUAUUAAUUCAUAUUAAUUAUAUUUUUUUCAGCAGUGUUUAGUUAUUUAAUGUUCGUCUAAUUUUUUUUUGGCAAAUUUUCUUUAUUACAUAAUAUUUGUUAAAUAAGUCAGAAGUUAAAUUGUAUUCGUGAAGACUGUCGUAAAACGUGAAAUUGAAUAUUAUUUUUAUAUACAUCAACAAGUUCGUCUUUUAAAAUUAAUUAAAUAUUUUAAUUGCAAA